CAACCCAAGCAACGGCAGGGAUGAGCGCACAUAAUCUCCGCUGUUUUCUUCGUGUCCUUUCUGGUUACUGGGCGCGUUUACGUCCGAGAUCUGGGAGCAGCCCUCUCGGAGCAGAAGUAGAUACGUAACUCCGCGCGAGCUGUUACGAAAUGUCCGGCCAGCGCGCGACCAAACGCUCGUGGUGAUCAGGCGCAAGCUCCACAAAUCAGUGCAUCGCUCUGUGGGCUGGAUUACGAGCUCGGGUUCGGAUGUUGUGCUUCGGAGAUGCUCUGGAUGCGAGAGAAGCGCCAUGGGAUCGUUGACGCCUCCCACCGCGAGGCCCUUCGGAGGCUGAAGAUCUCGCUCUGAGAAGAACCGGCGCUUGAUGUUCUGACCGCGUAGAUCUCAGCGCGUUUCCAGCCGCACAGACCCCUAGAACCGUUUUAGCGUCGACUGCUUUUCGUUGGAGCUCAUUAUAAGGCGGACCCGGUGAGGGUGAUGGUGUGUCUGCGCUGAGUUUUGAUGUGCGCACUCUGCUGGAAAAUGGAAACCUCCAGCACGAGGACAUUUUAAAAGGCUCGGCUUGUUUUUUUUCUGCUCUCUCGUUCGUAGAAAACACCUGGAGCUACGUUAUAACGAGCGACAGCCAGAUGUGAAAGUGGACGUGCGAUGCGUCCUGCUGGGCUCCUCUGAUCUUUGAGACUGUUUGGGAAAAGAAAAAGGAAGAAAACAUUGCCUUUAAGAGGUUCCACCAUGCCUACCUCUCGUUCAGGCUCGAGCUCAGUGGAAUACUGGGUCGAUGGCUCUCGUCGAGAUGUUUCCAUGGAGGAGUUCUACACUAUGGGCCCAGAACUGGGAAGAGGGGCUACGUCGGUCGUGUUUCGCUGCGAGGAGAAGCAAACAGAGAAGCCCUACGCAGCCAAAGUCCUAAAGAAGACUAUUGACAAGAAAAUAGUGAGAACUGAAAUCGGAGUGCUGCUGCGUCUUUCUCAUCCAAACAUUAUCCGCCUGAAAGAAAUCUUUGAAACGGAAACAGAAAUCUCUCUCAUUCUGGAGCUGGUGACUGGGGGGGAGCUCUUUGACAGGAUCGUGGAGAGGGGCUACUACAGCGAGCGAGAUGCUGCUCAUGUUAUCAAGCAGAUCCUGGAGGCAGUGGCGUACCUUCAUGAAAAUGGAGUUGUCCACAGAGACCUCAAACCAGAGAACCUCUUAUAUGCUGAUCUUUCAAUAGAUGCACCACUCAAGAUAGCGGACUUUGGCCUCUCCAAGAUAAUAGAUGAGCAAGUGACAAUGAAGACUGUGUGUGGCACUCCUGGUUACUGUGCUCCUGAAAUUCUUAGAGGCAAUGCUUAUGGCCCUGAGGUGGACAUGUGGUCUGUGGGAGUCAUCCUGUACAUACUGCUGUGUGGGUUUGAACCAUUUUUCGAUCCAAGGGGGGACCAGUACAUGUACAGCCGCAUCCUCAACUGCGACUAUGAGUUUGUCUCCCCCUGGUGGGAUGAGGUUUCCCUCAAUGCAAAGGAUUUGGUCAGUAAGCUAAUAGUGCUGGACCCUCAUAAGCGUCUGAGUGUGCAGCAAGCACUGGAGCACCCAUGGGUUCUUGGCAAAGCAGCACGCUUCUCCCACAUGGACACCACACAAAGAAAGCUGCAGGAGUUCAACGCUCGCCGCAAACUGAAGGCUGCUAUGAAGGCCGUCGUGGCCACCAGCCGCAUGCAUGAGGGCUCGAGGCGGCGCACCGACAGCUGCGAGAUUCCAAACUCCGACAAGCCCUCUCAGCAGAGCGGCCUGCAGCGAGACGCCUCCAUGGAAGCUCCGGCCAAGCCCAUCACUGUGGACGAGGGUGCGGAAAAAGCUGAGAAGAAGGCAGAGCCACUACCUACCCCCAGUCCCCCGAGCCACGCCCCCCACAGCCCCAAACCACCUGUGAUGCCACCGGGUCCCAUGCCCACCCGGCCGCCCCUGAAAGCAGAGGGACUCAGACAGACCUCCGUCCUGCCCAAAGCCCCAGUGGUCCGACCCAGGGUGCCAAAAAAGAGCUGUUCCAUGGAUCCUGGGGGCAAAAGCGGACCCUCGCCUGUCCUGAAUACCCCACCCAGCCCCAAGAGCAUCAGCAAUGGCUUCAUUGCUGGGGUAGAGACUGGUAAUAACACAGCAGAAUGUCAGUAAAUGCACAUGAUGUAAAGACACGUUUGGAUGACACAAACUGGGGGUAGAUGCUGAUAUAGUACAAGGAAAAAGGAGGUGAAUAAGGCCUCAAAACAAAGCUGGGAUUUUUUGGUUUGUUUGUUUUUGCUCAUUUUUGCUUUCAGAUAUUUUAAUACUGAACUUUUAGAUAUGCAUCCCUAAUACAAUGAACUGUUUCUGAGAACUUAGAACAUCACCAAGGAAGCUUUCAAAUUCCUCAGCACUAAGCUACCAGUACAGUUAAAAACACCAAAAUUGCUUUCUUUGCUUCGCAUGCCAAUGCUUAUGUACAUGAGAGUUCACUUCUGUAUUUUUGCUAUUAUAUGCAAGCAUACAGACUUUAUGGCUCAUGCUUAUUUUUCUCUUAUCUAGCACUGAAGUAGAAAGGACAUCGUGGUUGUGAAAUUAAUAUUGUGUAUUGUUUUUGAUGAUUGCUACAAAGACCUAAGGUUUGUAAUUGUAAAUACUCUUUUGAAAUAGACAUAUAAAUAUAUAUAUAUAUACUAAUAUUUGAUUUUCCUCAUAAUCAUUUCCCUCCCAUUUGUAUGUAUCUCAUUAUAUUUACAUGUUUUAAGAAGACAAGCUUUGCCAUGCCACUGGCUUGAGCAUUAAAUAAGCUUUUCUGCUCAAACCAGUGAUGUGGAGACCAUCUGUGUGGUGAUGAAGAACAGCAUGCUCUCCAUCAUAAUGUGCAGUAGUAUUUGGGCAUUUCUGUAUCUGAAACAUAAAAGAUUCUCUUCUGAAGAAUUACAACGAACAGAGGUGGGUAGAGUGAUUCUGGAUCACCACAUAGAUCUCAACACGUCCCUUUUCAUUUAAUAUAUUUACUCCUCGUCAUUUUCUUGUGCAGUCAUAAAGCUGUGUGGAAUGUUGAAAAUAAACUCUCAGAAGUUAAUAUUGAACACAGUUACCUGUAUAAGUUGUGCUGCAUUCCACACCCAUGUUUUUCUGCUGUACGUUCUGAGACAGGGAGAUGCACACUGCUCUCCUACCAGACGUAUGUCUCUAAACCACACUUUCUACCUCUUUUCUGAACAGGGGCUUCCAACCUCUCCAAGAAUAUUCUGGGACAAAAAAAAACAAGUUAUGCUGUUUAGGCACUGGGAAUUAACAGCAGAACUUAUUGGCAUAAUGGCAGAACAUAAGCCUGAGUGAUAUGCAAGGGCUUGUUUUCUGUAAACUGAAUUUCUUUGCCUCUGUGAAAGUGUAAGAACGUAGAAAACUGCUUUUCUAUGUAACCAUUGGCCCCAUACCACGCUAUUCUGUUGCCAAAACAGGAGCUUUGUACAUAUUGCUGAUAUGCACGGCAAUUAGUCACCACUAAAGUACAUCUAUAUGAUUAUGUGUGAUACAUAAAUAUUUUACAAUUACUAUACAUUGCUUAGAUAUGCUGUCUUCAAUAAAUAGCCUACAGGCUGAUGUAGGUGCCAUUUGUGUUUGAUCAGGAGUUCUGUGUUUUCAUGAUUAAUAAAUUGUGAGUUCAGA